AUGGAAGGAGUGGUUGAGGUCAAUGAGAUUUCGGAUUUUGUGUCCUACAUAAAAAGUAUUGAAUGGCGUGAUCCUUGGCUCAUAGCACUAUUAUCAUUCCAUGUGUUAGUCACAUUCACCUGCUUUUCUACACGAAAUUAUGGAAAUUUUCAAAUUAUCCUCUUUAUCACACUAUUGUUAUUGGUAUACUUUUCUGAAAGCAUUAAUGAAGUAGCAGCAAGAAAUUGGACAUUAUUUUCAAGACAACAAUACUUUGACAGCAAGGGUCUUUUUAUAUCAGUUGUAUUCUGUAUACCUAUAUUAUUAAACUGCAUGAUUAUGGUGGGCUCAUGGCUUUACCAAUCAACACAAAUUAUGACGAAUCUUAAGAAAGCACAACUCCGUCAGCGGCUUAAAGAGCUAAACAUGAACAGAGGAAAGAUAACAAAGUCGGAUUAG